UUUGCUCGCUGCGACAGAUUUCUACCUUCCUACUCCUUCUUCUUCUUCUUCUUCUUCUCCUCUGUUUUGUUGGAACACGGCGGCUCUCCCUUCGAACGGCAAUCCCCACCCCACGGUGUCCCAGCACCUUAGCACACCGUACACAGCGUCCGUGUGUCCUUGGAAACUCGAUAUCACCGCCCACACCCCGGUUGUCGAUCGCCCACCAGCCGAGCCAAGCUGCAGUUUUCCACUUGCUCUUUUUGCAACACAACAUAUUAGGAAAUUCCGACCACCACUUUUCCUUCUCAAUUUCUCACUACCAAUAUGGCGGGUAUCUUUCGAACGAUCUAUGACUGGCUUCUGAGGAUGUUCUGGGCAACGGAGAUGGAUGUCACCAUGAUUGGGCUCCAAAAUGCAGGAAAGUCUUCUUUGUUGCGUGUUCUUGCGGGCGGGGAGUUCACUGUAGAUUCGAUCCCCACCAUUGGGUUCAACACAAAGCGUGUCCAAAAAGGACAUGUGACUUUGAAGUGCUGGGAUCUGGGGGGCCAGCCGCGAUUCCGACCGAUGUGGGAGCGGUAUUGUCGAGGCGUUAAUGCGAUCGUUUACAUUGUGGAUGCGGCAGAUCGCGCCGCUCUGCCAGUCGCAACGGAAGAGCUGCAUGACCUGAUGAAAAAGUCCACGCUCGAUGGGAUCCCCCUCCUCGUGCUGGGGAACAAAUCGGAUCUCCCCAAUAAGUUGUCGGUGGAUGAUCUGAUCGAAGCGAUGGACUUGAAAUCCAUUACCCACCGGGAGGUGAGCUGUUAUGGUAUCAGCGCAAAAGAAGAAACCAACCUCGAUGCAGUUCUGCAUUGGUUAAUCGCCCGUGCCAGCCGGUAG